UUGAUUAUGAACGAACUUUCAAACCAUCCAAUAAGAAUACGGCUAGUUAUUACACCAGCUUCAACGAAAAAAAUUGUUAUUGUUGCUGAUAAUAUUUUGAAAAAGAUUGAAGCGGUUAAAAAACAGAAAAGAGUUAUUGUUUUACCUGUGACCUCUUUCUAA